AUGUCUGAUUCUGAAUCGACAAAAGAAUCAGCACGUCCAGUAACGAUCGAUGAGAAAUCUUUAAUUGAAUUAACUGAAAAUAAUACAAUCUCUGACAAUAUUGUAACUGAUAAAAAACGUCGACAAACUAUCAUACCUCUUUCCCAUCAACCUAAACUAAUUGAUGCAGCAAAGGGCUCUGACUUUGAAUCGAAUAACGGUGAUAAUGAGGAUGAAUUGGAAUUCGAUUCAUUGAUUCUUAAUAAUUUUAACCCAUUUUCAGGAUCAGAAAAUGUAGUCGAUUGGUUAGUUAACACAGAUAAAAAAUUUAAUUUACAUAAAAUCUCACGUAAUCUUCGUCAUUUAGCUAUACUUUUACUUAUUGAAGGAGAUGCUAAAAUAAAAUAUUUUCGAAAAAAAAAUAACAUAAAAUCAUACGACGACUUUUAUGAAUUUCUUUUGAUUAAUUAUGAUGUAACUGAACCUAAUACACGUCGUUUUCAACCUAAUCCAUCAUCAUAUUCAUCAAAUCAAAAUAAUUUUACACAUAAUUCCAUAACACAUAAAAAUAUAUCCUUUGAAGAUCAACAAAAAACUACCACGAAUAAUUUUGAUCUAACUGAUAAUUUACCUCCCCGUCCUAUCUUAAGAUCAACCGCAAUUGUUGAUAUGGGUGCCACCAGACUAACUGAUGAUGAAACCGAAAAUCAAUCAACCAUUGCACCACCUUCUAACAUCUCCUAUCACUCUUGUAACCUUGAUCAAACAACAUAUGUAAUUCAUAAAGCAAUUAUAGAUAAUUUAAUUAAAAAUCCUAAAAUGUUCCAAGAAGGAAAAGAAUAUGUAAAGCAAUGGCUAGAGGCCAUUGAGCAACUUUUCGAUUCUGCGCAAAUACCCGAUAGUCAUAAAUUAGAUUUAAUUCCCUAUUCCUUACGAGAAGACGCUCGCCGAUGCUACAAGAAUACCAAAGCCACAUUAACAUCGUGGCCAGUAUUUGUACAGGAACUGAAGCGAGCAUUUCUCUUCCCCUUCCAUGAUGAGUUAGCCUUUAAAAAACUUGAAUCCUAUACACAAGGAAUCAACCAACCUGUGAGAAGUUUCUAUAACGAAGGUUUAAAAUUAUGUGCCGAAACAGAUCCCGAAAUGAGUGAGUCAAUGAAACUUCGCCACCAAAAAUGUUAG